AAUUCUGCCAAACAUCUGGCUGGGAAGUUGCCCUCGACAGCUGGAGCAUGUGACCGUCAAGCUGAAGCACGAGCUGGGUGUUACAGCUGUGAUGAACUUCCAGACCGAAUGGGACAUUGUUCAGAAUUCCUGGGGCUGCAACCGCUACCCGGAACCCAUGAGCCCCGAAAUCCUCAUGAGGCUCUAUAAAGAGGAAGGUCUUGCCUAUGUCUGGAUGCCAACCCCAGACAUGAGCACUGAAGGAAGGAUACAGAUGUUGCCACAAGCUGUCUGCCUCUUGCAUGGGCUGCUGGAGAAUGGACACACCGUCUACGUUCACUGCAAUGCUGGCGUUGGCAGAUCUACAGCAGCUGUUAGUGGCUGGCUGAAAUACGUGAUGGGAUGGAGCCUGCGGAAAGUGCAGUACUUUUUGGCUUCCCGCAGACCUGCUGUCUACAUAGAUGAAGAAGCUCUGAUUCGUGCUGAAGAUGAUUUCCACCAGAAAUUUGGGCGUCUUCAUUCCUCAUGCAAAAUACAAGAGUAGAAAAGCAAGAGAAGGAAAAGGAAGGUGAAGACUAAUCCUUACAUUUGAACCCAAAGACUAAGAAAUCAUGAGUCAGAGCCUGCCUCUCCUUUUAAGAUUAUGAACUUGUCAUAGAUGUCAUGAGAAUCUUGUUUAAAAAGUGCCUUUGAAGGUUUUUUAUUUGCUUUCUUUAAGCUGAAACGAUUCAUGUUUUCAAGCCUCUUGCUGCAAGUAGGAGACCUAGAAGCUCUGCAAAGGGAAACUAAGAUUUUCUUUUAACUACUUGCCUACAGAAACUGAGGUUUUAAGGUAGACACUAAAUAAGGCAUGAGGUGAAAUAGUUGGAGUUGGCAAUAUCUCAGUAACA